AUGGAGCUCCCCGAGACCUUGAGAAACACAGCGCCGACCACGGUCUCUCCCAGCGAAGCGGAGCUGCGGGCCUUCACCCACGAGCAGCUCGUGCAGUACAUCUUGCAGAGCCGCUCAGCUCCCUCCUCUGCGCCGGAGCAGUACGGGAGGAAGAGGGAAAGAGAAGGAGCAGCGGAAGAGGGUGCCGCGGGCGAAGGCGACGAUGCCACCGCAGAAGCCAAAGCCGACGGCGGGGAGGAAGAAGAGCCCGCGAAGAAGAAGGCCAAGGCCAAGAAGGAAUUUGACAUGUCGCGAUACCAUCAGCGCUACAUCGCCCUCAAGCUCGCCUAUCUGGGCUGGCAGUACGAUGGCCUGGCCGUGCAAAACGACACCGACAACACCAUCGAGACACACCUGAUCGCAGCGCUCAAGCGUGUGAAGCUCAUCACGGACCGGCCGUCAUCCAACUACAACCGAUCGGGUCGCACCGACAAGGGCGUGUCUGCCCUGGGCAACGUGCGAUCGAACCUGAAGCCGGCCAACCCCAUCGACGAGAAUGGGGCGAAGGCUGUCAUCUACGCCGACACACCACUCGACACCAGCGACCCCAGGAAAGAGGAGAUGCCGUACCUCAAGAUGAUCAACUCGGCGCUUCCGCCGGACAUCCAGGUCCUCGCCUGGACCACCGUUCCCAAGGACUUCUCCGCCCGGUUCAGCACCAAGCACCGAACCUACAAGUACUUCUUCCUCGCCGAAAACCUUCAGCUUGAGCGAAUGCGCGAGGCGGCCAAGAAAAUCGAGGGCGAGCACGACUUCAGGCACUUCUGCAAGAUGGACGUGGUGAACGUGCACAAUUUCGUGCGCACCAUCUACUCCUUCGACAUCGCUCCCGCCGAGAGCGGUGUCGUGCCCGGGGUGGCCGAGGGUUCGAUGUACACGAUGACCAUUUGCGGCCAGGCCUUUUUGUGGCAUCAAGUGCGCAUGAUGGCCGCCAUUCUCUUCCUCGUCGGCUCGGGCCAGGAGGAGCCGACGGUGGUGGACGAGCUGCUGGACGUCGCCAAAUUCGAAGGUCGGCCGCACUACCAAAUGGCGUCGGAGAUCCCGCUGGUCUUCUGGGAGGCCGCCUACGAUGAGAUCGAAUGGACCUACGACCCAGUCGCGGUGAGCCAGGUGCACAAGGUGUUCAGCGAGCGCUGGAAGUGGCUCUCCAUCCAGACCGCCGUGGCGCACGCCUACCGCACCUUCCUGGAGGACCGGGUGGUGACUGUAGGACGGAACGAGAUCAAGUGGCGCGAGCACGCUGCCAGCCAACCGGGCAAGCCGACCCGGCACGUAAAGCUGCUCGCGCGGGGCAAGGGCGACACCUAUGCGGCGAGGGUGGCCCGCCUGGCCGGGCGAAAGAGAGAGCGCUAUAUUAAAACUUCCGCCGGCAGGAAGCCCACGGGUGAUGAUGAUGACGGCGAUGACGCGACCAAGAGUAGCACGUAG